CCACUGACCACUCUUCCUCCCACCUCCAGACCUCCUCCCUCCGGCGUCAGCUGUCACAGGCUCACAGGCCGCCGAGGGAAGCGGCUGCCGGUGGGCAAGAACGGAAAUGCCCUCGGGUGCAUUUACUCGUGCUCUGCCACGGAGAUUGGGGAGGGGUGCGGGCCGCCCAGAGAGCGUGUGCGUUCGUGAGCAGGCAGAUUGAUGGCGAUGGAGGGGCCUGUUCUAUGCCGUCCCGUGAUGCAAGCAAAACUGCCUGCUGCUGCGCUCAUCAGCAACUCCCUUGUAAAAUCUGGGCAGCUUGGGACUGCAUUUUUCGGUGCCAUGUCAAAAUUCAGGAACAUUACUAGAUUCAUUUCUCCAAUCUCUCAGCCACCCGCGAAGAGUUCCAGCCAUGUUUGCUGUAGCUUCAGCUCAUCUUCUGAUGGUAAUGGAUACAUGGCUGGAAACUUUAGCGAGAGAGAUGAAGAUUAUGUUAAUUCAACUGUGCUAGAAGCAGUUGAGGUUAGAAGUGGAUCAGAAGGAUAUGUAAUCAAGAUGCGAGAUGGCAAAAACCUGCGAUGUGUGCAUAAUAAUUCUCAAGGAAGAAAUAUCCCAGAGAGUGCACCACAACCAGCUAUUGUUUUGAGGAUUGAAGAUGGAAGCGAAACUUUACUUCCAAUCAUUGUUUUGGAGAUGCCAAGUGUACUUUUGAUGGCAGCUAUUCGCAAUGUCCACAUUGCACGACCUACCAUAUAUCAAGUUGUCAAGGAAAUGAUUGAUAAAAUGGGUUAUGAGGUAAAACUUGUUCGGGUAAACAAAAGAAUUCAAGAAGCAUAUUGUGCUGAACUCUAUCUGACGAAGACAGAAGAUCCUACGGACAGUAUCACCUUUGAUCUUCGACCUUCAGAUGCUAUCAACAUCGCAGUUCGCUGCAAGGUUCCUAUUCAAGUUCAUAGAAGUCUUGCAUACAGUGAUGGCAUAAGGCCACUUGAGCCAGCAAGAAUGACGGUAGCAGCCGGUGUAUCAGAGGCGCUGUUGUUUACAGAACUUGACAGACCUGAUGGACAGCCCUGUGUUGAGGCUCAAGAGUUUGGAUUAGUGCGGAACAUGCUCAUUGCAGCUGUUGAAGAGAGAUACAAGGAUGCCGCAUCAUGGAAGGACAAACUGAUGCAGCUGAGGUCCAAGCGGAAGAACUGGGCCUGAAAGUGCGCCCAUCUUGAUGGUGUAAAUAAAGAUGACGCCCUGCUGAAUUCCAGUGUGCAUUCCAGAUGACUUGACACUGGUUAUGGCUCUAUGUAACUAGAUGUACAUAUUAUAUGGACUUGAGAAUUGGCUUCUGUAAAUUCAGACUAAGCUUCCAAGUAAAAGCUAAUCCAUGGAAAACAAAAAUCUGUCAUGUUUGUGGGCGCCAAUGUGUAUGUCGUCGGAAUUAAAAUACCUUCUGCGACAUCCUACCCCAAUUGGAAUUUGGACCAUGAUGGUUCAUAUGUGUGCAAUGGAGGUUAUGGAGGUUGAGGCCUAAA